GUUUGAUUCAAAUUGACCUUUCUGAGCCACCGUAGCAAUGAUAAACAGUGACAAGCAGCUGUUCCAUCAGUGUUGUGUUACUGAACUCACGUGUAGGACCUAACUGCGUGUAGUGUAGAGUAUAACGAGUGUUAAACCAGAGACGAAUUUGUUUCGCAAACAACACAAUGGAGCCUGCUAUACAAAUAAAUCCGGGGGCGACGAAAUGGGACAUUCGUCAGAAAGUUUGGGACUACAUCGAAGAAAAUAAUCUGGCCAACUUCCCCAGGCCUGUUCACAACAGAAUACCGAAUUUCAAGGGUGCUUUCACAGCCUGUGCCAAAGUGUCUGAGCUGCCGGUGUUCACCGGGGCCGCCGAGGUGAAGGUGGAUCCCGAUAAACCCCUGGAGGGGGCUCGGCUGGCAGUGCUUCAGGCUGGGAAGACUUUAUUGGUCCCAACUCCUCGUCUUCGUACGGGCCUUUUCAACAACAUCACUCCUCCCGAGGGGGCCAGCAAAGAACAGCUGCGCAUCUGCUCUUCUUCCCAGGGGGUGAAAGACUUCAGUGUGCCUGUUGGCCUGGAUUCAAAGGUGAAGGUAGACCUGGUGGUGGUCGGAUCUGUGGCGGUGUCCGAGAAAGGCUUGCGCAUUGGGAAAGGCGAGGGCUUUGCUGACUUGGAGUACGGCAUGAUGGUGUCAAUGGGAGCAGUCAAUGAGUCGACUGUGGUGGUGACCAUCGUCCAUGACUGCCAGGUGAUGGACCUUCCUGAGGAGUUAAUUGAAAGUCAUGACCUGACUGUGGACUACAUCCUCACACCCACCAGAGUUAUUGAAACAAAGUGCCAGACCCCCAAACCACAGGGAAUCAUUUGGACUAAGUUGGACCCAGAAAAGCUGGAGAAGAUCCCCGUCCUGAAGAAGCUGCGUGAGCUGGAGGAAGAGGGUGGAAAGGACGUAACUCUGGGCGUGGCACCCGAGGGAACAGAGCCUGGUCUGCACACAGGUCAAACCAAAAGGCCACCCAGACGGAGGCCAAGGAGAAACAUACAGCAGGACGAUGAGGGAGAGUCCAAACAGGAGAAAAUAGGGGAUUCAGAUCAGAAACCGAGACAGCGUCCACCAAGAGUGAGGAAAGAAGGCAGGGGAGAUGGUGGGGGAGAAAAUGACAGAGAAUUCAAUAAGAGAGGAAGGGGAGGAAGAAGAGGUGAUAACAUGAGGGAGAAGGAUCAAGAGGAGGGUGCAAGUGAAGUCCCAACUCAGCGUAGGCUCCCUCUGAGUGUGACCACAGUGUACCUGGGGGGAAUCCCUGCUGGGCUGCGUGUCAGUGAGCUGAAGACGGCCCUCAGAGAGAGGGAGGCCAUCCCACUGAGGCUCACCUGGCAGGGGGCUCAGCACCGGGCCUUCCUGGACUACAGCGACCCUCAGGCUGCAGAGGUGGCCCUGGAGUCUCUGCAGGAUCUCAGUCUGAAUGGUCACAGUCUCCAGGCCGAGCUGGCCAAGAGCCAGCGGGGAGGCAAGAGGGCUGGACAGUCCAACCGGAGAGAAAGACCACCGACGGCUCCGGAGAAUACAACUGAUCCCCCAGAGGCUGAGAAUGACACCAAUGAAAAGGCUGAGCAGGAAUAGCAAUAAGCAAUACUCAGUCAAAGGAGUUUAUCGUGAACCAACCUUAAAUGCCUUAAGAAGAAUCUAGUUUGUUUUAUAUAUUUUUGGAUUUACUACAAGAGGAAAUCAGUUAUUUGGACCAUAGACAUAUAAUUUGACCCCUAAGGCUAAUGAGCUUAACUAAAUAUGAAUUGAAUAUGCAAUUGUUCAAACGAGAAAGCAUUUCCCUAGAAAGGUUUUUUUUUUACAUACCAUUUCACAAUAAUUUACCUAUGUGCCUUUUUGCACACACACAUCCACACACAGACACACCACCUACCUACUGGUCUGUGUACACACAACCUUCAUUGCUUUAAGGCGGUUAAUUAUUUUUUUGACUGAAAUUCAUUUCUUCAAAACAGUCUUUGUUAAAAAUACAAGUAUAGAGUUAACUGUUGUAAAGUGUUCAGUAAAUUUUAUUUCUACAACCAGUUAUCAGUGUUACCUCCUCAGAGAGGGUUUUGUUUUCAGACUGAUUUGUCUGCUUGACUUUAAAACCUUUUAACUGGUUAGUUUUUGUUGUUAAAGAUGGCGCCAUAAUUUACAAAGUUUAUACAAUCUGGAUGAUUCCCGAGCUAGGAAGCGUGACAUUUAGAGAAUUGUCCUUGGUCUAACGUUUCUAUAUCCAUAUAGACCACACAAAUGAACUUUUUUUAAACGCUUUGCGAAACUCUUUUCCUUUUUUUUUUUUUUACCUAUUCUUAAAAUGUCAUGCAAUGUUCACAGCAUCUCUAAUAUUUGAUUGCCCAUAAUUGCAUUAUUCUUUUCCUAUUCAAUUUAAAAAAUAAAAAUAACAAUGUGCUCCAUUUGAAAUAGACUGCCAUACAUUUUGAGCAAAUGUUGGCGUUAGACAAAUUUAGAAGAUGUUUAAAAGGCCAUAUUUUAGUUGUGAUAUGACAUUUGCAUAGUUCGUCCUUGCUCAUAAGACAGGAUUUAGGAAUUCUAUAAAACCAACAUGAUUGUAAUGUGUAUUUGACUACGAUCUGGUUGUAGAUUAAAAACAUCUAAACAUUUAGGACUUUGUGUAGUCUCGUUGGAGCUACACCUUUUGAUUUCUACUUGCUUACUGUGGUUUUUACUAAGGUUUUUUUCAGGAUAUUUUGAAAAUACACAUUGUACAUUUAAAAGUUGAUAUUUGUACCUUUGUUGAUUAGGAAGUAGAUGUUCAAGGCAUUCUGUUUAGUUAGACAAGUUUGAGUAUGCAGCCAGCCCCACCAUUCAACUUUUAGGAGAUUCUACCAGGCCUGGCUGCUGUUUAGUGUUAACUGUUUGUAACACGUUGCUGUAUAACAUUCUUUACUAAAGCUUUUGACUGUA